ACCCCAAGGUACCCCAAGGUACCCCAAGGUACCUUAGAAUGACUUUUCUUUUCUGAGGUUCAAGGCUUCAAAAGAAUAUAAAAGAAUGAAGCCAAAGUAUGCUGGACGCAAUGCGUUAGAAGCCACAGCGGGUGGAGGAGACAACCCUGGUCCCAGAAACUUGUAGCACCAGAGGCUGUUGAAUGCAGCUCGGGCCUUCAAUGAUUUUUUGAAUGGCGCUGCUCGGCUUGAUGACAGCACUGUUAAUAUGCGCCAGAUCGCUGAAUGCAUUCCAGGGAGCUUCCAGUGCUGGUGUCCAGUUGAAACUUUUCUUGCGCAGGUGAGUCUGUCUUCCCAUUUGCCCGUUUGUUUUCAGUGUCCACAGUUGUUUCAGACAGGUGUCAUCCUCUGCGGCCAUAGCUUCGGUGUUUCGGUGUCCCGAAUGUUGGCAGAACAUUUGGAACAACUUGGGGCUCCAGUUCGCGGUUUGGUGGCGUUGGACUGCCGAAGCAAGCAAGCAGAUGCGUUAGAUGUGAUGGCACCCAUUCCCCGAAGGUUGGGCGGAUUUGUGGCUGGUACCCAGACAUCCUUUAGAACAUGCCACGCAGAUAUUUGCUGCAUGGCACCUUUGGUGCCUCGGGGACAGCUUCCUGCCAGAGCUUUUUCCUGAAUGCAGAGUUGAUGCCAUUCGUUCAAUGCCUCAGUCAGAGCUACUUGUUGGAUACAGAUCACUUUGAUAUCAGCUGCUCCCAUGCCUGGGACAUAGCAACUUGAUCAAGCCUUUUCAAGCGCGCAGCAUCCGUGAUUCGAGUCUGUCAGAGUACGCAGCAUGCCAGGCAGCCAGGGGCAGCGCGGCUUCCAAGG